ACCUGAAUGUGUAAUUCAGGCUUUUCAGCCAUUUGGAGAACUUUGACCUUCUGGAGGCUGGGAGUUCUAGCCCCCAAUUCUGGUUCUAGGCAGCCUAUUCUGCUCUGAACUUGUUCUGAUUAGUUGGAGGAAGAGCCUGAGGCCUUUGGGAGUCAGCCUCAGUUUUAAAUCCCAGCCUGCCCUAUGGGCUUCCCGCCCCCUUCCCCUCCCCCUCGGACUAGAAAGACCUGUCCAGGCUGGGGUUUGGACUACAUCUCCCAGCGUGCCUGGCAGAGUAGUGGCCUCAGUGUGCCGGCCGCACCAGUUGCGGGUGACAAUGCGGCGGACGGUCAGUGUGUUAGCCCCUCUGGGUUUUCGCCUGCAGACACAACCCUUGGUCCAGAGUCGCCCACUCAGUUCUGUACAGUCUGGCUGUCCACAGGAUGUGCUACGAAGGACUCCACUCUAUGACUUCCACCUAGCUCAUGGAGGGAAAAUGGUGGCGUUUGCAGGGUGGAGUCUGCCUGUGCAGUACCGAGACAGUCAUGUUGAUUCACACCUGCACACACGACGGCACUGCUCUCUCUUUGAUGUGUCCCACAUGGUACAGACCAAGAUAUUUGGCCGUGACCGAGUGAAGCUGCUGGAGAGUAUAGUAGUUGGAGACGUUGCGGAACUCAGGCCUAACCAGGGAAUGCUCUCUCUGUUUACCAAUGAAGAUGGAGGCAUCUUAGACGACUUGAUUGUGACCAAUACUUCUGAGGGGCACCUGUAUGUGGUAUCCAACGCUGGCUGCCGGGACAAGGACUUGGCUCUCAUGCAGGACAAGGUCAAGGAAUUCCAGAACAGGGGCCUGGAUGUAGGCAUGGAGGUGGUAGAGAGUGCCUUGUUAGCUCUGCAAGGACCCACGGCAGCACAGGUGUUACAGGCUGGGGUGACAGAUGAUAUGAGGAAAUUGCCCUUCAUGACCAGUGCUGUGAUGGAGGUGUUUGGUGUGUCUGGCUGUCGCGUGACCCGCUGUGGCUACACAGGAGAGGAUGGUGUUGAGAUAUCAGUUCCAGCAGAAGGGGCAGUCCACUUGGCAACUGCUCUGCUGAAAAACCCAGAGGUAAAGCUGGCAGGACUAGCAGCCCGAGAUAGCCUGCGCCUGGAGGCAGGCCUCUGCCUGUAUGGGAAUGACAUCGAUGAACAUACCACACCUGUGGAGGGCAGCCUCAGCUGGACACUGGGGAAGCGCCGCCGAAUCACUAUGGACUUCCCAGGAGCCAGAAUCAUUGUUCCCCAGCUGAACGGUGAGGUGCAGCGGAGGCGUGUGGGGUUGAUAUGCGAAGGGGCUCCAGUGAGAGCACACAGUCCUAUUUUGAACACAGAUGGCACUGUGAUUGGUACAGUGACCAGUGGCUGCCCUUCACCCAGCCUGAAGAAGAACGUGGCGAUGGGUUACGUGCCACUCAAGUACAGUCGACCAGGGACACAGCUGCUGGUGGAAGUUCGGCGGAAGCAGCAAAUGACGGUGGUUAGGAAAAUGCCUUUUGUGCCCACGAACUACUAUACUCUCAAGUGAAGAUGGCCCAUAGGAAAGCCCUUCCCUCCACGAGUGUUUCUCUAGAGGGCAUUGCACAGCGCUUAGUCAGAAUAGUGAAGCAGAACUCCCAGGGGUGGAAGCUGAAUGAGGUUUGCUGGGUCUGCUUAGGGUUGGGGAGAGAAUUCUAUCUAGACUCUUUCCCUUACAAGCCAUUCCAAUUUUAGGGCCCAAUUUUUAAAUGACAAAUUACCUUACUUAAUGUCUUAGUUUAGCCACAAUCCCACUAACCUUACUCAGCCUGGUGCUGGCUAUGGAACAAAGGUCAUCCUGCCUUUGUGUGGAGGAUAACACCUGCUCCAUCCACCUCACUAUGGUUUCUCUCUUUUCAAAGGACUAUUACUGUGGGCAGUGUGGGCUCAGGUACCUUCUCCACCUUGCCUUCCAUGAAUGCAUACUGCUGCCCUUCCUUAGAUAGAAAUGACUCCUGACUCAGGGUUGGCUGAGGUUGUUCCUGUGCAAACACAGGGAUGGCUAAGCAAACAUGGGACUCACCCUUCCACAUUCUCUAGUCAACCCAGCCUGCUGUGCAGCAAGACACGGCUGGUUUAAUACUUGGGCUGACCUUGGUCAGCUGUUGUGAAUAAUUAUACUUUACUAGCUCUUGAAAAAUAAAACAAAAUUUCUCUCCUCCUUA